GUUCUCUUCUCGCGAGAGCGCCAGGCGGGGCUCUCAGCCGAGCGGCUCGGCGCCAUGGCGCCGGCCUCCAGCUCUCGCAGUCCGGAGGAUGCUCCAGGUUCCCGGCGACGGCGUCACGGAGGCGGUAGUAGCGGGCCGACAGCUGCAGCAUCAGGAGGAGGAGGCGGCGGCGGCCACCGAAGCUCCUCUGAGAGCCCCCUUGACACCAAAGCCACCCACUCGCCGAGGGGCCGCUCUCGUUCUCGUUCCCGGGAGCGCAACGGCUUCCGGCAGCCGUCGUCCUUCAUGGAGUCGGGAGGCCCAGGCCGCAGCCGCCGCAGCCCCAGCCGGACCCACGGCCGCGAGCGAGAGCGGCUCCCUGAUCUGCGCGGCUCGUCGUCCUCAUCUUCCGCCCACUACCAUCACCACCACCACUACCAUCACCAUGGGGGCGACCGACAGUGGCCGGACUACUACGAGAAGGAAAAGGAGGAGAGCCUGCGCCAGAGGAGGUUAAAUGAGCGGGAGCGGAUCGGGGAGCUUGGAGCGCCGGAGGUCUGGGGGCUUUCCCCCAAGAUCCCCGAGCCUGAUUCUGACGAGCACACCCCUGUAGAGGAGGAGGACUCAAAGUCUAAGAAAAGUGCUUCAAGUUCCAGUUCUGAAGAGGAAAAAAAGAGGAGGAAGAAAAAGGCGAGUCGCUCCAAAGAAAAUGCUCAGAGGAAAAGAAAGAAGAAAACAUCCAAAAGAAAACAUAAAAAAUAUUCCGACGAUAGUGACAGUGACUCUGAUUCUGACUCUGAUUCCAGCAGUGAAGAAGAGAAAAGAAAAGCAAAGAAAGCCAAGAAGAAAAAGAAAAAGAAACGCAAAGUGAAAAGGUCCAAGAAGAAGAAGUAUAAAAAAGAAUCUACUGAGUCAAGCUCCGAUGUCUCUGAUGAAGAGUUCCCAGAUGAUGAUCUUUGGAUUGAGAGAUCAAAGAAUGCAGAAGCUAUGGACUUAAUUGGACCAGAGGCACCUGUUACACAUGCCUCUCAAGAUGACAGACCUUUGAACUAUGGGCAUGCUCUGUUGCCAGGGGAAGGUGCAGCCAUGGCUGAGUAUGUCAAAGCUGGAAAGAGAAUCCCUCGAAGAGGAGAAAUUGGCCUGACCAGUGAAGAGAUUGCAUCGUUUGAAUGUUCAGGUUAUGUAAUGAGUGGUAGUAGACACCGAAGAAUGGAAGCUGUGCGACUUCGAAAAGAAAACCAGAUCUACAGUGCUGAUGAGAAACGAGCUCUAGCGUCCUUUAACCAAGAAGAGAGAAGGAAGAGAGAAAACAAGAUUCUAGCCAGUUUCCGAGAAAUGGUAUAUAGAAAGACAAAGGGGAAGGAUGACAAAUAAGGACUUUAUUGUGCAGCCAAAAAGGUUGAAAGUGGCUUUGCAACCAUAUCUUUUUUCUAUUGAAAUAUAAAGAAAGUUUA